AUGAAACAGACCUUUGAUGAUCCUCUUAUCGAUCUCAGAAGUGUCUCCUUUGAGUAUCCAUACUCCACUACAGAAGUGACGGCAAAUACGAAAUCCGCAACAAGUGGAAUUCAUAAUAUAAACCUUCGUGUAAACAAAGGGGAUCGUAUUCUCGUUGUUGGCCAUAAUGGUAGUGGAAAGUCAACACUUCUUUCUCUCAUUGCAGGUAGACGAAAAGCAUUAUGUGGUUCAGCCACCGUAUUGGGAUCAGAUGCAUUUGAUAAUACAUGUCUUCAACAAUACGUUUCCCUUAUUGGACAACCGUGGCCACCAGAGGCAUUCUUCGCGACUACUGUAGAUAAAAUAGCCUCACCUGCCCCAUCACAGGAGAGAAAACAGAACAUUGCAGAUGCUCUUCAUAUCUCACUACAAAGAGGAAUAACAGCUAUGAGUUCAGGAGAAAGAAGACGUGUACAAAUUCUUCAUGGAAUGUUACAACCAAAUGCUAUUUAUCUUUUAGAUGAAUGUAGUACUGAUAUUGAUGUAGCGGAGAGGAAAACUGUACUUGAUCUUAUUAGAUCAGAAUGUGAAGAUAAUGAAGGAGGUUGUUGUCUUUACGCAACUCAUAUUCUUGAUGGGGUUAAGGAUUGGGCAACCCAUAUUCUUUUAAUGCAAGAUGGUCAUCUUGUAGAUUUUAAAAAGAUAGAAGAAGUAAGGGAACCAUUGGAAGUAUUUGCCCAUAGAUUUCUUACAAGAAACCGAAAAAUACCUCUUAAUGGUGAAAGUUUUAACAUUAUAUCAAGUGAAAAGGAUAAUACCAAAAAUGAUUUAUUAAUUACUUCAAUAACAGAGAAAGAACCUGUUAUUGUAUGUAAUCAAUUAGAUUACAAGAAUAUCUUUUCUGGUUUAACGUUUAAUGUGUUUAAAGGAGAACGUGUAUUAUUAUGUGGAUGUAAUGGAUCUGGAAAAUCCACCUUAUUAAACAUGAUAGGAGGAAAACAGUUUUUUAAUAAUCGCAAUAAGGCAUUAUGUGUACUUGGAAAAGCUUGUUAUGAAGAUAUGUCACUAAAUGCUUUUGUAGCACUUGGAGGUGAUUGGUGGAGUACCGCACCGCCUGGUGAAAUGUACGUGCGAGAAUUAUUAGAAUUGCAUACAGAACGAGCCAAAAUGCUUCGAGAAUUAUUAGAUGUGGAUAUGAAUUGGGAUAUUCGCCGUAUCUCAUCUGGUGAACAGAAGCGUGUACAGUUGUUAUUACAUCUUGUAGAGGAUAAACCCAUUGUACUUCUCGAUGAGGCCACCUCCGAUCUCGAUCUUGAUCAGCGUCAUGCGUUACUUUCUUUUCUCUACAGUGAGAGUAUACACCGUGGGGUGACGGUAAUGUAUGCAACGCAUAUAUUUGGUGGAUUGGAGCAUUGGCCUUCUGCGGUGAUGAUAUUAGACCGUACAGCACGGGGAUUGUGUAGUUUUUGGCGGGGAAGUGCCCUGCGGUGGGAGGGAAUCGCUGCGGAGCUGUUUGCAUUGAAGGAAAGAGAAAAAUAUAUCGAUGAUAGUGUGUAG